AUCGCCGGCGGUAAUGAAUUCUCACAGCUUAACCGGAACUCACACAUUUCCUUUUUAUCCAUCUCUCCCAAUUCGCCGUACAAUCAUCAAUGUCACCGAUUACCACCAUUUUCCCCUACUCACUUCCCGGCGCUUCACACUGCAUCGUCUCUGCAAAAACCCAAACUUUCAGGUAGUUCGCUGUUCACGGCAAGAAAACAGAAUAUUGGAACCAGAGGAUGCAGCAUUGUUGAUUUCUACGUGUAUUACUCGCAAUUUGUCUCCGGCUUUAACUUUAGAACAAGGAUUGGAAAAGAUUAAGGAGGCUGUGGAGGAGCUGAAGGCCAAGCCUCCUUGUUCUUCUAAUGGGAUGUUUAGAUUCCAGGUUGCCGUUCCUCCCAGUGCAAAAUCUUUGAAUUGGUUUUGCUGUCAACCGGAGUCAUCAGGAGUAUUCCCACAAUUUUUCCUUUCCAAGGAAAAGCAAAACCCGUCAUAUAAAUCAGUUGAAAUGGGUCAUACACGCGGGAUCUUUGGAAUUGGGGCAGCAAUCAACUUGAAGGGAUUUUCUGCCACUAAAGAAUCUGGGGAAUUUGGAAGAUGUUGUGCUGUUGAAUCAACACCAGUGGUGGCUUAUGGCUUUUUGGACCUAAGUUUUGAUACAAUAUCUUCUUCCAUGAAGCAAGAAGCUGGGUUAUUCUACUUCUUUGUUCCCCAGAUUGAACUAGCGGAGUUCGAAGGUGCUUCUAUCUUAUCUGCAAUGGUGGCAUGGAAUGACACUUGUAUGUGUACCUUCGAGGAGGCUCUUCAAGCGUAUGAGUCAUCACUUUUGCAGGCUGAACGUAACUUCAGUUUUGCAGAAGAUGGACGCUGCAGCAAUCACAUUGGUGCGACUACUAGAAAAGUCCAUGCACAGGAGGGACAAGUCCAAAUGGUAUACUCGAAUCUUCAGAAACUGUUUGGAAAAUACGUUGGGCCUGGUGCUGUGGAACUGAAAGAUGCCUCAUGCUAUUCCAGCCAGUUUGUUGUGAGACUAUCACCUGCUCUUGCAAUUUCGAAUAACAUGCCUCGACAAAAUGAUCACACUCAAUUUAGUUGCCGCUUGAAAGAUUGCGCAAACAUCAAUAUCUUGUGGGCAUCACUUAUAAUUGAGGAAUGCACUCGACUUGGUCUGACGUAUUUUUGUGUAGCUCCAGGAUCACGGUCAUCUCCUCUUGCUAUUGCUGCUUCUACUCAUCCUACUACAAGUUGUAUUGCAUGCAUCGAUGAACGCUCACUUGCAUUUCAUGCCGUUGGUUAUGCCAGAAGUUCUCAUAAAUCCGCUGUUAUCAUCACGUCAUCAGGCACAGCAGUUUCAAAUCUUCAUCCUGCUGUCGUGGAAGCCAGUCAAGAAUUUGUUCCGCUGCUGUUACUUACAGCAGAUCGACCUCCAGAGCUGCAAGAUGUUGGAGCAAACCAAGCCAUCAAUCAGGUCAAUCAUUUUGGUCCAUUUGUGAGGCACUUCCUCAGUCUUCCUGUUCCCAGUGAUGAUAUUUCUGCAAGAAUGGUGCUUACCUCCAUUGACUCUGCUGUUCAUAUUGCAACUUCUUCACCAAGUGGUCCAGUUCAUAUCAACUGUCCUUUUCGAGAACCACUGGAAAAUAGCCCAAGAACAUGGAACCCUAUUUGUUUAAGAGGGUUAGACUCUUGGAUGUCAACCAGUGUACCUUUUACCAGCUAUAUCCGAGUUCAACAUUCUUGUAGAUGCAACUACAAUACCUUUAUGGAUGAAGCUCUGAAAGUGAUAAAAAAGGCAAGUAGAGGCUUUCUGUUGCUUGGCGCUAUACACCGGGAGGAUGACAUAUGGGCUGCUCUUCUCCUUGCUAAACACCUUUCAUGGCCCGUUGUAGUUGACAUUCUGUCAGGUCUCCGACUGAGAAGAUAUUUUGUUCCAUUUCCUGAAUUUGAAGAUAGUAUUCUUUUUAUCGAUCAUCUAGAUCAUAUGCUACUUUCAGACUCCAUCAAGGAUUGGAUGAAGGCAGAUGUGAUAAUCCAGAUUGGAAGUCGGAUAACAAGCAAGCGUGUGGCUCAACUGCUAGAGAGCUGUUUUCCAUGUUCAUAUAUAAUGGUUGACAAUCAUCCAAGUCGUCAUGAUCCUUCACAUAUUGUAACACAUAGAAUCCAGUGUGCGAUUCCUCAGUUUGCAGAUUAUUUGAUCACAGCUUGUACACCACAUCCUAGGAGAAAAUGGGAAUGUUUUUUACAAGCAUUGAACAGUGUGGCUGCAUGGGAUAUCUCAUUUCUAAUCAAUUCUGAGUACUCCUUAACUGAGCCUUGUGUUGCACAAAUGACUCUGGAAGCUAUUCACUGCGAGUCUGCUGUAUUUUUGGGUAACAGCAUGCCAAUACGUGAUGCAGACAUGUAUGCAUGUAACUUUAACUGGGUAGAACGUACCCAGGAUGAAGUCAUAUUCAGCUCAGAAUUAGCUUGCCACUUUAUUCAGGUCGCUGCUAACAGAGGAGCUAGUGGUAUUGAUGGUCUGCUUAGCACAGCUGUUGGUUUUGCAGUUGGAUGCAACAAAAGAGUACUUUGUGUAGUUGGAGAUGUUUCUUUUCUGCAUGAUACAAAUGGGCUGUCCCUUUUGAGAAAGCAGAUGCUGCGGAAGCCCAUGACUAUAGUUGUUAUUAACAACCGUGGUGGCGCCAUAUUCAGUCUUCUUCCUCUUGCAAAUAUGACUGAAAGAAGCAUUUUAGACCAGUAUUUCUACACAUCUCAUAAUGUUUCAAUUCACAACCUAUGCAUGGCACAUGAUGUGAAGCAUUUGAAAGUACAGAGCAAAAUGGAACUACAAGAUGCUCUAUUAGCAUCUCAAAGAGACAAGGAAGAUUUUGUUAUAGAGGUUGAUAGCACCAUUGAUGCCAAUGCUGCCUUUCAUAGUAUGCUGAGAAAAGUUUCACAGCAAGGCGUGGAUCAUGCUUUCAACAGCCUUUCAAAACUAACUGUUUUGAAUUCCACGAAUGAUGGGUUCAUACCCAGCAAAGUUGGUAAAAUGCAGUACUCAAAAUAUAGAAUUCAGCUGUCCUCUCCUCCUACUUCAUCUUCUGCCAGUCACAGAUCCACCUACCACAGAGAAGGCUUCAUUAUAAGUUUGUAUCUUGAAGAUGGUAGUACUGGAUAUGGGGAGGUUGCACCGCUUGAGAUCCACAAAGAAAACCUACUUGAUGUGGAAGAGCAGCUUCAAUUCCUUAUUCAUGUUGUGGAAGGAGCUACUAUUGACCACUCCCUUCCUUUGCUGAAGGGUUCAUUUGCUCGUUGGUUGUGGCAAAGCUUAGGUAUCCAGCCCAAUUCAAUCUUCCCAAGUGUGAGAUUUGGCCUGGAGAUGGCUGUCCUCAAUGCUAUUGCAGCUGGAGAAGGUUCAAGCCUGUUGAAUGUACUCUGCAUACACAGAGAAGAAUCAAUUGAGAAUUCUUUAGAUGUCAAAGUUUGUGCACUGCUUGAGUCUAAUGGUGGUCCCAGUGAAAUGGCUCUUGUUGCAACAACACUUGUCAGAGAAGGAUUUACUGCUAUAAAGCUAAAGGUAGCACGUCAAGCAGAUCCCACUGUGGACAUUGCAAUUAUAAAGGAGGUAAGGAAGAAAAUUGGUUGGGAGAUUGAGCUGCGUGCUGAUGCAAAUCAAAGUUGGAACUAUGAUGAAGCUGUUAAAUUUGGACUUUCUGUAAAAGACAGUGGCCUGCAGUAUAUUGAGGAGCCUGUUAAUAAUGAAGAUGAUAUAAUCAAGUUCUGCGAGGAGACUGGCUUACCAGUAGCUCUGGAUGAAACUAUCAACAGUAUAAGAAAAAAUCACCUUAAAGUGCUUGCAAAGUACAAUCACCCAAUGAUAGUUGCUUUUGUUAUCAAACCAAGCGUCGUUGGCGGUUUUGAAAAUGCAGCAUUGCUUGCGCGAUGGGCUCACCAGCACGGAAAGAUGGCUGUUAUCAGUGCCACAUUUGAAAGUUCCUUGGGUUUAUCAGCUCUAAUUCUGUUCUCACGGUAUGUUGACCUGAUGAAGUUAGAUACAGGAAGAAUGCUUAACAAGGAAGAGAACUCUUGCAUAGCCCACGGUCUUGGAACUUAUCAAUGGCUUAGGGAAGAUGUUAGCAGAACGCCUUUAAUGAUUGGCUAUAAUCCUUGCAACGGUGUUGUGGAGGCAUGUGUUACUGACGCUGCUCAAAUCCUGCAGCAUUUUCAAUUCAACCAAGAUGCAGUUGUUCCUGAUUGUACUUCCAGAGAACUUCAUGCAUAUGAAUUUGUGGCAGAUCUUGAAGGUGCCUCCAUCUGUCUUAACGUGCAAGAAAUUGGAAAGAAGGAUGAUAGUAGUGUAGUAGUAUUUCUUCAUGGCUUCCUUGGAACUGGAGGAGAUUGGAUCUCUGUUAUGAAGGCUAUAUCAGGCUCAGCUAGAUGCAUUGCAGUGGACCUACCUGGACAUGGAAGAUCAAAGUUGCUCGGCCAGGAUUUUGAUUUGGAGGAACCAGGGUUGUCAAUUAUGGCCUUUGCAAAAAUAUUGCAGCAGUUGUUUGACAGUCUACAGUGUCAAAAAAUUGUUCUUGUUGGAUAUUCUAUGGGAGCAAGGAUUUCACUCUACAUGGCUCUAAGAUACAAUUACAAGGUUGCUGGAGCUGUUAUAAUAGCUGGAAGUCCUGGAUUGAUAGAUGAAGAGGCAAGAAAAGUGCGUAGAGCCAAGGAUGAUUUUUUCGCCUGCUCUUUUGCUGCUUCUGGCUUAGAGCCAUUUUUAGAUGCUUGGUAUUCUGGAGAGCUCUGGAAUAGUUUAAGAACUCAUCCACAUUUCAAUAAAAUACUUGCGAGCCGAUUGCAGCAUUGUGAUCUGAAAAAUCUUGGGAGAGUAUUAGCAGAUCUGAGUGUUGGGAGACAGCCGCCAUUAUGGGAAGAUCUAAAGAGCUGCAAAGUACCCCUUCAGUUCAUUGUUGGAGAGAAAGAUGUUAAAUUUAAGAACAUUGCUCAAAAGAUGCGUGACACAAUGUGCCAGAGCACAGAGACUACGAACGUUCCAGAAAUAGUUGAAAUUCCAUAUUCUGGUCAUGCUGCACAUAUAGAGAAUCCUCUCACUGUGAUCAGUGCAAUAAGUCGGUUUAUCAGAGAAGUUGAGUUCAAAUCACAAUAAAGUUCAGUUUUCAACAUUUAUCACUCACUUGAAAGAACAAACAGCAUUAGAUGGAAGACACAUUUCCAUGGUUACUAUGGCUUCAGUUGGAGUUUGGUUCUUUCUUCCGU